ACAACGGAUACUAUCAAUAUAUACAAGGUUGCCAAGUCGCAAGAUAAUGAGUGCAGCUUUUGAAAAACUUCGGGAAAAGAUGGCCCAAGACACCGUUUAUUGGGAUUUAAAACAAAAGGUGCGUGGACUGGAGACCGACCAUGCGAAGAUGCAGCAGAACAUGCUGGAGUUACAGGUGCGGCAGUAUCAAGAGGAAUUGAGUCACAAGCCGGACGUUUUGAAUAAGUUAGGCAGUGUCCGUGAGAUCUGCAAUGCACUAAUAGAAUAUACCGAACGCCUCAGGGAAACAUUGUCUGGCUGUGAGGCCGACCAAUCAGCUCUUUGCGAGGCUUACCAGCAAUCGGGACAAAUGGUCUGCGAAAUGAAAACCCGGCAGCUACAGAACGAAGAGAAAAACAAGCAGGUUAUUGAGAACCUGCAGGAUAAACUAAAAAUGACAACAGAACAUCAGAGCCAGCUGGUGCAAUACUUCACCACAGAGCAACAGCGUGUUGAUGCCGAGUUAGUUGCAGUAAAAAAUGAACUUGCAUCUGUUCAGACCUCUAAAGAGCAGCUGAUAGCUACAAAUGCUGACCGUAAUCGCCAACUAGACCACUACCGCCAAGAACUAAAAGAGAAAGAGGAAGCCGUGGCGCAUCUUCGAAGACACAAUAAGCGAUUGAUUCAUGACUUCAACGUUCAAGCUGCUGAAAUGAAAUCAGAAAUGUCCCGGGUUGAAAAAGAACUCAAAGCAGUGACUGCUAGUAACGACUCUCUUAAGACAGCUCUGAUCAAUCAAGAAACUUACACUCAGAGCAUUUGUGAGGAAAACAAUGCACUGCAAGAAAAGAAUGCAGCAUUGGAGCAGGAACAAGAAUCUACUGGAAGCAUUGUGAAGGAACUUCGAGCUAAUAUUCAGGAUGCCACCAAAGCUAAUGACUUUUUAAAAGCCGAACUGGAAAUUUCUAUUAACAAGAAUAAAUACUUAGAAAAAGAAAUUAUUAAUAAAACACAGCUUCUAGCAGACGCAGAAACGGAUAAACAGGAAUUGCUAUCCAAAAUAUCAAUUAUAGAAACGGAAAACUGUGAAAUAGAAGCUGAUUUGAACAAAGCCACAAAUGCUAAGAUCACGGAACUGACCACAAUCAUCGAAACCAAAAAUCAAGAGCUUGACUCCAUAGCAUUUAUAGUUUCGCAUCUGAUGACUGAAGUAAAAUCGGCUGUGGACGCUCGAGUUAAGUUAGAAAUUACUCUGCAGAGCAUCAAAAGUGACAUUGACAUAGAGAGGCAGUCAACUAUGGAAAAAGAGCAAAAAAUGAUAAAACAGAUUGAAAGAUUGGAAGCUGUUGUUAAAGAACGGCUACAAGACAUGAUCAAAAACAUACAGGGGAAAACUGACAACAUUCAGAAGGAACUUACAGGACCAUUGAUGCGAUCUUCAGCAAUUCAACCUGAAUUAGACGAUAAUGCUGUUAUGUCGACUCCUUCUAACGGGAGGCGUAAUCCUGCACCAAUGAACGAGCCUCAUUUUCCAACACCACGCGUGGGUCUCAACAACGACAGUCUCUUCAAUUUCCUCAGCGAUGACAGUAUGGAUGAAGACAACUCUCUUGACGUUGCGGAAGUAAACCGACGAUUUGAAGCAUUAUCACGUGGUGAACGCCUUACGCCGGUACCGCUGGCGUCGCUGAGGAAACGUCGCGCAAGUAUGCUUAUACCGCACGGUGGACUAAGCUCUAAACAUCAUUCCCAGCCCAAAAAGAAUGAGGACAUCAUUUCCUUGUCGCAAGAUGAGAAAUCCGUGAAGGACAAGCCACGUUUAUUCUUAAAACACAACCGCAACAGAACCAAGUCUAAGAAGAAUUAG